AAACGAUACAGAGAAGAUUAGCAUGGCCCCUGCAUAAGGAUGACAACAUACGCUAAAGAGAGGACUCAAUUUUUUGAGGAAUUGAGGCAGCAGGAUUGUAGAGCUUUCCUCUCAUUGGCAGCAGCUGUCUGUUCGCUGUAGUUUGUUUCCCACGGUGUUGCGUGACGACGUCGCGUUUCUGCGCAAUCGUGCACACACAGCACCCAUCUGCCAAACAGCAUACAUCCCCUCCUAUCCCUUGCAAUGUCGCCUCACGCUGAAAUCGCUACCGCUCCCGGCUGUGGAGCAUGUUCAGGUUCUUCAGUCGAUGAUCCUUUGAACUCGGCCGCUCUUCCUACCUCAAUUCAAAAACUGGCAGGUUCGCGUGAUCAUUUCAACGUCUUACUAUCCGAAAUCCACAAAACCCUUCUUUCCCGUCCCGAUCCCGCAGAAUCCCCCGAAACGCUCCGAAUCCUCACCGAACUCAUGUCAGGCUACGCCGUCCCUUCCUCCCUCGACUCCUCAACCCCAGCGCCAGUACCUUGGCAAAAAUACAUGCACACAUCUCCGUACAUGCCCUACACCCGCAACCUGAUCUACUCAAUCCCAAACGUCGCAACCCUCCUCAUCCUCGUCUGGAACCCUUCGAAAGGGAGUGCGAUCCACGAUCAUGCGGGUGCGCAUUGCUUGAUGAAAAUCUUGUCGGGACAGUUGGAGGAGAGGGUGUUCGAGUGGCCUUUGCCCAGUACGCCUACAGAAUGUGAAGAGGGGCAAAAUGGGGAGAAGGAGCAUGAACAUGAGGAGCAUACACUACAUUUAAAGAGUUCGAGGGUUUUGAAGGCGGAUCAGGUGGCAUACAUCUCCGACACGAUCGGCCUACACCGUAUUACGAAUCCCUCACCCGAAACAACGGCGGUGAGUCUACACUUGUAUUGGCCACCGUGGGCGGCGAUGUAUGGGUGCAGGGUAUAUGAUGAGAACACGGGGCGAGGGAGGGAGGCGGGACAGGCUGGGUUUUACAGUGUUGGAGGUGAGAAGGUAACAGGGACGAAAUAAGAUUGCACGGUCGAGUGUACGAUAAGUGCUGGAUACAAGGGUGAUAGACCGUACGGGAUACGACGUGACUACAUGAUACGGUAGUACUGGUAAGAAUGAGUUAAGAUUAUACCUUCCAUCUAUCCUAUCUCCCCUCUUCAUCUUCCUCAAAAAGUUCUCCA